AAAAAAAAAAAAAAAACCCUGAAGUGAAGUAAGGGUGAUGUAAAGGUGCUGAUGGAGGUGGGUAUGGGCAACACUUCCCUCAAAUCACCAGUGUGGCUGCAGCAAAAGCACAACAACGUUUUGGUCACACAUUAGAUCAGUGGUGAGGUCCCCGUCCCUGGAGGUGUUCAAGAGAUGUGUGGACAUGACACUAAAGGAUAUGAUUAGUGAUGGAACUCAGUAGGUCAUGGAGAUGGUUGGACUUGAUGACCUUGGUCUUUUCCAAGACCCAGGUAACUCCGUAAUUCUGUGGUCUGUGAAGUUUGCAGGUGUGAUCUGAGACACCACAGAGCUGAACACACCAGCACUGGACUAAAAUUUGAGAUGAAAACGACAGGAAAAUUUAAAACCUCAUUAUUGUUAUUUCUCAGUUUUCCUUCAACAGCCACACUGAGUCCUCACCAAAUUCAGUCCAGGGGACUGACCCAGCAUGGUCAUAAUAUGUUAGAGUGCCACGUCAGGGCAAGAGAAGGACCUUCCUGGCAUGGCUCGGAAAAGGCUUUCUGGGUGUUGAAAAGCAACAGUGAUUCAGUGGGCUGGGAGAACAGAAAGCGUGGUAAUGCAGUGGAAUGGGCUGCCCAGAGAGCUGGUAGAGUCACUGUCUCUGGAGGUGUUCAAGAAACAUGGAGAUGUCACACUGAGGGAUGUGGUUAGUGGGCAUGCUGAGGAUGGGCUGACACAUGGACUAGAUGAUCUCAGAGGUCUUUUCCAACCUUAAUGAUUCUAUAAUUCUAUGAACUGUAGGAUUAGGUAGAUCAGAGACAGACUUUUUGAUGCUGGGCACAACACAGCCUCUCCAUGUCCCCAUUUCCUUCAUGUAAAAUGGACCAAAGACCCAGGAGGAGAAAAGCAGGUGAAGUACCGGUUCCAUAGGAAGGAAUGAUAGCAUGAUUAGCCGUAGAAGAGCACAGCAACCUCUGCACCAGGAUAUUUACGGAAACAUUCUACACCUGCCUGCAGUGCACCUCCAUUCCGGAGAAGGAAAACAAGGUCCUGCCUCUGCUCCUCUGCAAAGGGACUCUCUCAGUGAGUGCAACAGAGCAUUCACAUUUUAUAUCUUAGAACAAAGCAGUAAUGUGGAAAAAAAGUUAACAUAUGUGCUUUUAAAAAUUAAAAACACCGGUGUUCAGUGCAACUUGGUGCAUUGCCCAGGGAAGUCCUACAACCGCAGUUCUGCAGCAUUUUCCGUGAGUGCAGCACAAUGGUCAGGCAGGAGUGGCUCCGGGAACUCCUGGUCUCAUGGGCAGAGCGGGGAGAUUCGAUGCUGAUGCCAUCCAGCGCGGGAGCCAAAAGGAGAAAUGGAGUGUCUUUGUACGAGAGGCACCUCUGCAUUUAAUGAUGAUGCAGAGGGGAACUGCUCCAGCGAGCAGGUGGGACAGGGAAGCACAGCGAGGAGGGGGCUGGUAGAGAGCAUCUCUCUGACAAAGCUUCCCCGGCUGCUGUUUCACCCAACUGCUGCUGCUCGGAGAGCAACGUGGAACUUUCCCGCAGCUCGGAGCUCAAACUGACGCACGCAGAAAACCUGAAGAGCCGACGACCCCUUGACAGCGCCCGCCCCAGCCGAGCACGGUUUGGGCAUCCCACGCCCCUCCACGCUUUGCCUUCUCCUCCCGGGCGAGCCUUGCAUCCUGCUCGGGCCCAGCCCCGCGGGGCAGCCCGCCAGGCUCCUUAGCAUGCGGCUGCUGUUGCCGAGGAGCAGCGAGAAGCCGUGGUCGGCGGCUAUUCCGCGUCGGUGCGGCGUGCCCUCCAGCCCGGCUCGCCAUAGGAUUUCUCCUACGGGAUAACGCCCAGCGGGACCUCGUCCCAGCGCCGACGCUUCGCUGAUAAGCGUCCUGCCAAGGCGCUAGGACAAAAGAGGAGAUUUCUCCUCCUGGCAGGCUUUUUCUGCCUUGAAUGACAGAGAGGGCUCCCGAGGCUCCUUCCCCCGUCCGAGUUGGGACACAAUGGAGCUUUUCAGGCUGAGUCUGAGUUGCAUUUGCCUCCUGCCUUGGCUUGAGGUAGCAGAGGGGCAAGGCUUCCUCAUCAGAAACAUCCGUCUGGAAAAAUGCAUCCAUGUGUCCCACCGCGAGGCUGACGGCAUCGGCCUGGCUGAGUGCAUGCCACACUCCCAGCAGCAGUGGUGGAGCUGGGACCCGGCCAGCGGGACCAUCACCAGCCUGCAGACCAAGCAGUGCUUGUCAGCCCACAAGACACGGGAGUAUGGCCUGGCCAAGAUGGAGCCCUGCAGAAACAGGGAACACCAAGUGUGGGCCUGCAGCAAGAAGGGGCACUUGACUCUGCAAAGCUUGGGCUUCCACCUCAGCACCAAGGAUGGAGGCCACAAGGUCUUCGUCUCAAGGAAGAAGGACAAAUUCAGCAGGUGGAAGACUUUGGAGGAUGAAACCAUCUGUGCUGCUGCCCAGAGAGCUGCUCUGAGACCUGCUGAAUCAAUGCGGGGAGUUGUAGACACACGGGUGUGGAUAUAUGAAAGUAAAACCAUCGAUUCAUCAAAGACUGAUGCCAUGGAGAGGGAAUCUUCUGUGGGCUUCACUGACCCACCUCUGGUGAAUAAAUUGAACAGCACAAUGGUUUCUGUGAAGACUAAACAGGCAUACCUCCCAGAACACGAGGAUGUGUCGUACAAUCACUCUAAAAAGCAUCAUGGAAAUCGAGGGAAAACCACUGGGGCUAGGCUUGCAGGCACCAAUUGGAAGACGGCAAUGCUAGUCCUCAGCCCCUUGGCAUUCAUACUGGGAUUAAUAAUACUGACGCUCAAUGUUCAUUACAACAAGAAGAAGAAAAUCCUCUCUGCUCUGAAGAACCCUCCAGCCAGCAGCAGCAGAGCUGACUUACGGGAGACGUCUCCCUUACGAAGAUGCCCCCAGCUGUACCUCCCACCAUCUCGUUCCCCUUCCUUGCGGCAUGGAGAGAUACUCAUUGAGUGGAAAGAUGGAACCGUCACUCCUCUUUUCGAUAAUGCCAACUAUCAGGUGGACUAGCACUGAAAUAACACAGCUGCUGUUUCAUUGCUUGUUACUCUUCACCAUUCUCACCAAGAAGAAAGCCUCCAUAAUGAACCUCCUCCCAGGCAUUACCAUUUUGUUUGGGAGAUGUAAGAGCUGUUUUUUUUUUUCCCCUUCUUUUUCUUUAAACACAGAAAUCACCCUAUGAAGCACAAGGUUGAAGCAAGCAGAGCAGACUUUUGUUUAGGCACCCAAUGCCUAAAUGCAUGGCUUUUCUAUUUAACAAAGCCCAAAAAUAGCAAAAUGAAGCUGGCAUCUUGCCAACUUCAACCAUCUAUUGUCUUGAAUUUGUAGUUACUGAGCAUAUGAGAAAGUAAAUCCUUGGAGACAAAGUAUAAUGCAAGCUUUGGUGAUCUUUAAAUACUUUUUAAGUUUAAACUAGCUGCCAACAGUCACAGAAGGCUGUUGAUUAUUUUGUCAGUGUGUGAACUUAACUAAUAUGCACUGUCUUCAGGACUCAAAGAUGAGUCUCUUCUAGACUAUCUGCCAAAAUACUCCCCCCACUAAGUUAACACAGCAAGUCAUUUUUCGAAGUUAAAAAACUGCACUCCAUUCCUCUCUGCAUCACUGCAAGAGUCCUGCUGAGUGAAUAUCUGUCUCUCAAAAUAUUUACAUACUUAAGAUCUACUGACCCUCAUUAUAGUACACAUCCUCUUCCUUUACGUAGAAUGACAAGUUAAUGGUGCUGCUUGUUGGGGAUAUUAUCGGGCCAUUUUAUACCAGAUUUCCUGUAGUCACAUGGAAUAGCCAAUGAAUAGAUAUACUGCUCCCACUUUGAGCAGGAAUAGUUUUUGUUGUUAGUGUUUCGUGUCUUUUUUUUUCUUGGAAGAAGAUACUCUUCAGCUUCUGCACUUCUUGCAUAAUUAUCUGUGACUUGUCAUGCUCAAUUCUGAUCUUUACUCGGUCAAACUUGCAAUGUCUUAGUGUGUUCCUGAUAUUCAUGAGUUUAUGCCUUCCUUCUUGCUGAUCUUGUGAUGUUGUAAACUGUAAUCACAACUAUAGAUCAGGAAAUAUCUGGGGAAAGAAUUACUAACACCAGCACAUUACAAGUACAAGCUGCAUCACUAUAUUUGUUCAGUAGUGCAAGAGAAACUUACCUCUUACUUAAACAACAUUUCUCACUUUUUCCUAAGUGAAGACAUGCAAUUUCAGUGGAGCUUUGACUUCACAAAAUCACAAAAUGCUGAGGUUGGCAGGACCUCUGGCUCCACCUGGUCCAACCAGGACAAGUGGGGACACUCAGAAAAGGUUGGCCAGGACCACAACCAGGCAGCUGUUGAAGAUCUCCAAGGAGGAGAUCCACGACCUCUGUGGGCAAUGUGUGCUAAUGCUGUUACUCAAUCAGCACAGAAGAGUUUCUCGAUGCUCAGACAGAGGUUUCAGUUUGUGCUUGUUGCCUUUCAUCCUAGCAUUGGGUACAACUGAAAAAAAAGCCUGACUUCAUCCCCCUUGCCUGUCUCCUUUGCAGUUCUCUACAGUUUGAUUUUAUUUAAUCUACGACAGACAGAAGUUCUCCAAGGAAUUUGCCUCUGACUUUAAAAACAAAAACAAAGCAAACAAAACAAAACAAAAAAUCCACAGAUCUCCAGCCUGGUGAAAAGUUAACUGCUAUAUUAUUAAGAGCUUGGCUGGUCUCAAUAAAUAAAUAAAUAAAUAAAUAAAUAAAUAAAAUAAAAUAAAAAUACAAGCAGUUCAGGAUGUAAACUCACAGACAUUGGUUAUAGGUGUCUUCCCCAGGCAGAUUAUUCUCUAUUUUUUUACUGGAGCAUUUCCCAGAUGCUUCUUGGUAAAAUACUUCAGUUCUAGACAUGGGCAAAGAAAGAACGCUUUCUUCACCAGCAACCAAAAAACACAAACGAUAUUCAGAACUGCAUUCUCAGUUUCCAAUACUACCCUUUAAAACAAAUCCAAAGACUUUGCAUACACUUUUAGGUCAAAUUUCCAAAUGCGUAAGCAUCCUUUUACGCGCAAAAAUUAUGAGAAUACAUUCUGUACACACAUUGCUCAAAAUGCCCACAAGAAUGCCUCACCAAUUACCACAUUUAUAUGCUUUUAAACUUUUUCUUUGCCCAAUUAAGUUGCUUGAAAUUCUGCCUGUGGGACACCCUGCCUUACAGCACACAGCACUUGCUAACCUCCAAAAUGCUGAUGCACUUAGGGAGCUACGCGCAGAACAAUGUCAUUAAAACACAUAUAUGGAGUUCAACAAGUGCUGUGUUUCCCAGAGAAGCAAAUCUUCACUACUGCCAAAUGGGCAGAGCAUAUGACUUGUUAAAGAUGCUCUGUAAUUCAUACUUAACAUGCAAAUCUUUCCCAUAAACAUGAAGGCAAUCAUGCAACUGUUUGCAUAGUACUGAUUAAAUGGCAGCUUAAACAAUAAUGUAAAAAAUAAUUCUGCAUAGGCAUCCGACUGUUUUCUACCCCUCCACCUUGCUAGUAGUUGUUAUCUUCCAGAUAGUUCUCACUGGCUUACUUAGAUUACUUAGAUUAUAUGCUGAAGACCAAAUUUUCCCAGAUAUGGGCAGGGGAGCUGAAAAAUGCGGCAUUUCAUCAUGAGAGGUCUCAAACAUCACGUUUUCAGCUGUCCACCAGGAAGGACUCUGAAAUAGAUGAUGGAGAUGGACCAGGUGACAGUGGGAGACGCCUUCCACCCUCUGCUUCCAUCCAUUAGCUGAGCAACACACAGAGCAGUUGCACAAACCUGAGCGCUGUUCACUUUCUGCCAUCACCUGAAUGUAAUGCUUUUACAGUGUUAACAAUUGAAAUAAAACUUACCUGUGAAGUGGAAUAACACUAGAUUUUAUUUGUUUUUAUACCUAUGCAAAAAAGACUGCAUUUUGAGAAUACUUUUGUAAAUCAAUCCAUGGGAAGGAAACAGUGAUAAACAUGACAUUACUGCUACAGGUGCCAAAGGAUGAGCACCACAUACCUGGGGAAUAUUACAACACUAAACUGCAGCACAGUUUUCAGCCCAGUCAUGCUUGCACAUCUGGUACUGAAGGUCUUCACCAGGGCUAAUAUAAUGCCAAUUACCAUCUUCCCUCCUGAAGCAAAUAGGAAAACAGAAUAGAAGCAAAACCCCCUUUCUCAUACACUCGCUUGCUUUGUAAAGCAGUAAGGUGCAAGUGUUUAGGCAGCAAAAACUACAGAAGACAAAGGGAAGGAGGGACUUUUUUGGGGGUGGGGGGGAGUGCAAGGGGGAGUUAUCUGGGAUUCAGAAACCUUGCUUUCUUUCACAAUAAUUUAAUAAUGCUAUCAUUCUUUUUUGGUAUUACCGUACCAAAACACCCAAAAGAUUAUGAGUCAUUACUAACAGAACAUCAGUGAUCAUACAAAGUGCUAGCGUGUCAAAGAC